UCGUUUGUUGAAGCGUAGAAGAUCAGUAAGAGCGUUUAAAGCUGAGCGCUAGUUAGAAGAAACGGCAAUGUUGUGUACAUCGGAGGCACAGAAAGAUUGGCAAACUUCCAGACCAACUAUCAAAGAGAGAUGUGCGUUUGUCUUCAACAACGAGUUCUUGAGCGAUGUGAAUUUUAAAGCGAGAUCGUCGAUUUGCGGCGAGUGUAAGGUGAUACCAGCUCACAAGUUCGUUCUUUCCAUCAGCAGCCCUGUGUUUCAAGCCAUGUUUCGCGGGAACAUGGCUGAGUCUGUUUCAAACCUGAUAGAACUACCGGACUGUGAUUAUGAGAGCUUGUUGGAGUUCUUUCGUUAUCUCUAUAGCGAUGAGGCGUAUCUUAGUGGAACUAACGUCCUUCAAGUGUUAUAUCUAGCAAACAAGUACAUAGUGCCCUCUCUCGUCGAUAAAUGCACCGAAUAUUUGCAGAAAAGUCUGAACGCAAACAAUGUGUUGCGUAUUCUUCCACACGCUCAGGCGUUCGACAAAAAUGAACUUUUAGAGCGAUGCUGGGAAUUGAUUGAUAAGAAUGCGGACAGUGUCGUGAAAUCAGAGGAAUUUUUUAAUCUUGAGAGGUGUCGAGUGGAGACUAUUGUCAACAGAGAAUCGUUAAACAUAACAGAAUUCGAAUUAUUCAAAGCUGUUGACCGCUGGGUGUCUAAAGAAAGCGAAAGACAAGGCUUUCUUGAAAGCCUCAGUAAUUGUGAAUCAAAGCGACGGAUACUCGGGGACGGAAUAGUGCAGGGGAUACGGUUCCCACUGAUGUCACAAAAAGAAUUCAUGUCGGCCGUACCCGACAGUAACAUUCUAACGACAAGCGAAGUCAUAAACCUGAUGAAAUACUUCAGUGGUUUACCGACACCGCUUCUGCCGUUUAUACAAACUCCAAGGAAAGGAACAAUGAAGGACACGCCACAAAUGCGCCGUCGAUUGGGAACUUAUGUUCCUCCGGCAGCUUGGUGGGGACAUUCAUUUCAGAAUCGCCAAUUAGCGUGUGGUUCGCCUCUUAAUGAAGACGACAAAAACGAAGAGGAAAAAGGGAAGUGGCUUAAAAGCAAGAAUACUGAUAACGAAGGCGAGGUUAACAAGGAAUCUUCGGAAAAAACCCCUACUAACAUCAGCAGCUUAGGAAAGAUUGCAACUAUGCCUUCUCUUGAAGAUCUUUGGCACUCACACAGGCAAACAAAGAAGGAAAAAAUUGCAUUUCUCUUCAACAAUAAGGAAAUGAGCGAUGUGAGUUUUGUUGUUCAAGCCUCCACCGAAGAAAGUGAAACUAGAAAGGUCAUCCCAGCUCACAAAUUUGUGCUCGCAAUCAGUAGUCGUGUGUUCCAUUCUAUGUUUUAUGGUCCACUGCCGGAGACUAAAGACUCUAUCGAACUGAGUGACUGCGAGUACGAGAGUUUGUUAGAAUUAUUUCGCUACAUCUACUGCGACCAAGCGAACUUGAGCGGAAGUAACGUACUUCAAUUAUGGUAUUUGGCGAAGAAGUACAUGACACCUGAACUCGCCUUGAGCUGCAAACAAUUUGUGCAACAUGCAUUCCAAGUGAAGGUAUCAAACGUUUUUUGCACUUUGUCGUGUGCUCGUAUGUUUGAAGAUACAGAUUUGGAAAAUCGAUGUUGGAAAGUGAUUGAGAAGCAGACAGAAAGAGCUGUGACAUCAGACGAAUUUGCUACAGUUGAGAGAUCUGUUGUUGAAUCUAUUGUGAAGAAAGAAGUGUUGAAUAUUAAAGAAGUAGAACUGUUCAAAGCUGUUGAUCGCUGGGGCGUAAAAGAAUGUGAGAGGCGAGGAAUAACGCUUGGUGGAAAGGAAAGGAGAAUUAUUUUAGGGGAAGAAAUUGUGAAAGCGAUUCGAUUUCCUCUGAUGUCGUACGAAGAGUUUAGAUCUGUGACGAUAUCCAGAGAAACGGAAAACAUUCUGAAACACGAGGAAAUAUCUCACAUGUUGAGUUUUUAUCUGGAUGAACUGAAGACCCCGUUACAGUUUUCACCGGCUCAAAGAGUCGAUUUUCAUCUAUGCCUUAGAUUUGAUAAUUUCCAUCCUCCGCGUGGAGAUGAAAAGUGGAACUAUGGAGAUAAGAUGGGAGAGCUUGCUUUCUCUGUCGAUAAGACCAUCUACCUGCUAGGCAUUCAACUUUUCGGCAGCUUCGAGCGAUACAAUGUCACAGUUGAAGUGAAGAGACAUCAUGGCGAUUGGAUAACAUUUACAAAACAUUCAGGCACGCAUUUAUCCAGAAAGGUUGCUCUUACAAAUGGUUAUUAUUACGGAUUUGACGUGUUUUUCGAUGAUCCAAUAUUAUUGGAGACGAAUAGACCAUAUAAAAUUGUGUGGCGCAUCCGAGGUCCAUCCUCAUGGUACGGUGGAGGAUACAAAGAGUUCAUCGAAUGUCACGGUGUGGUUUUUACCUUCAUUAGACAUGUGCCUUCUUUGAGAGGCACCGUGCAUUAUUUGAACGACUUAGCGUGUCCUGCUCUGUUAUUCCGGGAAAACAUCUCCGCUUGAUCAGGGCCUGUACUUCCUACGCGUGCGUGAUUACGAGCCGAUUUAAGACUGUAUCAAAUUUUGCGAUAAGUAAUCGUAUAUUCGGUCUGUAGCUCUUGUACAUUUUAUAUUAAAUCCGAAUGGUUACCGAAGAAGAAUCUCUUUUGCAAAAUCGCAAACUCUGAGAUCUAGGAGUAGUAGAUUUUCUGUAACGGAAAGGAAAGAAAAAAUUCUCAGAAUUAAGUGACGGUUUGACUCUUGAUCUCAUCAUUAUCGUCUGUUACUGGAAUUUGUAUUUGAUUAAUGAGUCAUAAAGACGCUAACUUCGGGAAAAGAAGUUCAAGUUGACAGCUUGUUCGUUUUCCUUUUCAUCUAGAUCUAACAUGAGACAAUGAUUUUAAUAACCAAGAAACCGCUAGCGUAUCUAGUAUUGCAUAUCAAUAAACUUAAUGCCACAGAAUUCUCACAAAGGGAUCGAUCUUUGUAACUCGCCGGG